AUGCUUUCGCUGCGCAAACUUAUGAAUAAGCCGCGGCCGGAUGAUUGGGCACCUCUCGCGAAGUUCUUCUACGCUGAUGAAGCUUUGAAUUGUAUUGCGCUCGAAUUGGACUCUUUCGAUGGUCGGCGAGAUCCGGAAAGGUGCAAUGCCCUUGUAAAUAAACUCAGAAUUUCUCAAGAUAGGGUUCUUCAUAUUAUAGGUGAAAUGCUGACAAUAGUUUAUCCACGGGAGUCGGACCGGGCGUGUCGAGAUUUUCGCGUAAAAUUUCCUGAUGAAAUCAUACAUGAUAGUCUUCCCGGACAGUUAUGGUUUGGAGCUGAGUGCCUUGCUGCUGGAUCUAGCAUAAUUGACCACGAAUCCGAAUCCGACGCCAUACGACCACUUGCGAAGGAACUCACCCGCCACCUCGAUUCCCUUCGUGACCUUCUCAAGGACCAAUCUUUACGUGACCCAUUAAUCUAUACGGAUGCAAUAAAAGAAAGCCUCUUAAAGUUUGAUCACCUGUUUGCGGCCUUUGAGUUCCAGUAUGUCUCAGCUAUGGUGCCAGUGAAGUCAGUAAAAGAGCACGAUGCACAGCUAGACGUGGCCGUGUUGUUUUCGGAUGUUCUUGAGCGUGCUCUAGCACAACGGCUUAUCACCCAAGAACAGAUUGACUCAUUUGAUCCUAUUGUUAUGAUUUGCAUCCCUAGACUUGCCAUUGUCUGGGGACUUAUUUAUUAUCCGGAAGGAGCUCUAAAUGUUGACGGUCCACAAGAGAACAUCUCCGAGAUGUUCCGCCCUUAUUACUCACUACUAAGCAAAAUUCGCAACCUUCUCCUUGCUCUCACUCCUAAUGAGCUUCUCAAAGUUGAGAAGAUACUAUGCACUGGAGAAACUCAAGUAGCAGAAGAGAAGGACGCGUUAACAAUGGCAGCUUUCCGCAGCAACCACGAAUCGCACGACUCACGUUCGCGAAAACCGCUUGCAAACUUACAACUGAAACGUUGCCAAAGCGAUGAUAACGAUUAUGGAUCCGAAACAGUAGCAGAGAAAACAAUUAAAAGGACCGAAGGCGAUUGUGACACCGAAAAGCUAGAUAUCAACGCAGACUACGAAAGUGGAACGCAAGACGAAGUGGACGCUGAGCCUCUGUCAGGUUCUGAAGAAGGCGAGGCUCAGGGACCAGAAUACAGUCUGGAUGAUACGUGCAUGUCACCAAAUGCGUUUGAGUUGCGCUCUAAGUUUCAUUCUGCUGACGACCUAAUCCACAGAUUGUUUGUGUGUAUUUCGGGAGUUGCGGAUCAGCUGCAGACUAAUUAUUCUAGCGAAGUGCGCAAAGUAUUGAAACUUAUUCUUCAACCUACUGAAGUGAUUCCUGUUUACGAGGUGGAUACUCCUGCAUUGGUAAAUGGACAGACUGCUGCAAAUGCUGAAAAUGAAGAAGAGACUGGAGUAGAGGUUCAGGAAACUCUUCCUUUGCCUUCGUUUGUUGGUGUUCGUUGGGUACCGGAUGAAGACUGUGAACAAUGUACUGCCUGUUCUGCUCCGUUCACUGUUGUUCGUAGACGGCACCAUUGCCGCAAUUGUGGGCGAAUUUUCUGCAACAGAUGCAGCAGGAAUAGUAUCUGCAUUCCUGAGUUAGGAUAUGACCGCAGGGUUCGGGUAUGCAAUCUAUGUUUCUUGCAUAGAAUGAACCCUUUUGGUAACUGCGUGCCUGGCGCUCAAUCGACGUCGACGGAAGUUCGAACAAAUCCAGCUCCUCGAAGCUAG